UCACGUGACCGUGACGUCACCGGGCCCAUUUUCAACUUGGAACUAGCAGCGACCGGCCUGGUUGCGUCAAAGGCCUUGUCUCUUAUUCUACGUCGUUUCGCCUGUUCUAAAUCCGGGCCGAGCUACUGCCACAAUUAAAAGAAAAACAAUGGAGGAGCUAAGCGCUGACGAGAUUAGACGAAGGCGCCUUGCUCGACUUGCUGGUGCGCCUUCUUCACAGCCCACAACUCCUCUUACUUCUCCACAAAGAGAGAAUCCUCCAGGACCACCAGCAGGAGCAUCAGUGGCAAGUGUGUCCCAUCAGCUUGGCCUAAAUGUACAGGGCAUAACCCCAGCUACCUCACCUACAGGAGCAACAGGGGUUGCCCAUCGAAGUCACAGCAGCGAAGGAGUCAGUUCAUUAAGCAGUUCGCCAUCAAAUAGCCUUGAAACUCAGUCACAAUCUCUCUCUCGGUCACAAAGCAUGGACAUUGACAGUGCAGCAGGUGAAAAAAGCAUGUCCCAGGUGGAUGUGGACUCAGGAAUUGAGAACAUGGAGGUUGAUGAAAAUGACCGUAGGGAGAAAAGAAGCCUUCCAGAUAAGGAGCCCUCUUUAGGAGUGGAGGUGUCUGAGGUGUCGGAGGAACAAACUUUGCAGCUGGUCUGUAAGAUCUUCAGAGUUUCCUGGAAGGAUAGAGAUAGAGAUGUAAUCUUCCUGCAUUCUCUUUCAUCUCAAUUCAGUCAGAAUCCAAAAAAAGUGUAUUCGAACUAUAAGGAUCUAAUUGGUCAGAUUUUAAUGGAAGUCUUGAUGAUGUCUACUCAUUAUAAAGAUGACAACCCUUUUGCCAGCCUAACUGCUACAUUGCAGCCAAUUACAGUUACACAGAUACCUAACAGGAGUUUGAUUUUAAACUCUGCAUCCAAACCUGACACUAGUUCUUUGUUCUGUAACUCUGGAUCAUUCAGUGCCAGCUCUCUAUCUAGUCUCUAUGGUAGUAGUCCAGCUUCCUCUUACAAUUUGGCUUCUGGUAUGCCUUUGUCUUGUUCACCCACCUUUCCACUUCCUAAUACUCCUCAAAAUUCUGUGGGCGAAUCUGUUCCUGGCAGCCCUCGCUUUGUGCAUUCAAGCCCAUCAGGACCACGUUAUCACCCGUACACGAUGAUACAUUCAAGACCUUUGCCCAUUCCUUCCAACAUAAGGUCUACCAGUACUUCUCCUAUAAUGUAUGUUUCUCCAAGCCCUCAAGGCCUUUCCAGCAGCCCUCGAGCAGUUCUGUUCAGCUCACCUAGACAGAGACCAAGUUCAGCUGCACAUUUAGUUGCAUUUUCUCCCAGAAUGUCCCCAAGUGAAAUCCAGAAUCCUCCUAGUACAUACAACAGCCAUUUGUCUCUUCUUUCCCUCACUUGUCCCGAUGAGACUGAGGGCAGCAGUGAUGAAGAAAAUGAUGAAGAAGAAUUUUCUUGUGUCCCGUUUGGUUCCAGUGCUACAAGCAGUACAGAAUCCUGUGCUGAUCACUUCACUAUUGAAACUUGCAAAGAAACAGAGAUGCUCAACUACCUCAUUGAAUGCUUUGAUAGAGUGGGAAUCGAAGAGAGGAAAGCACCAAAGAUGUGCACCCAGCCAGAUGUGAGUCAACUCCUGAGCAAUAUUCGAUUACAAUGUAUUUGCCAUGCUGCUCUGGUAUUACAGGGGGCCCUCACACAGCCAAGGUCGUUGCAGCAGCCAUCUUUGGUGGUACCAUAUAUGUUGUGCAGAAACCUGCCUUUUGGGUUUAUUCAAGAGCUAGUAAGGACUACAUACCAAGAUGAAGAAGUGUUUAAGCAUAUCUUUGUUCCCAUUCUUCAAGGCUUAUCUCAAGCAGCUAGAGAGUGUUCUCUGGACAGUGAUAACUUUAAAUACCCUUUAUUGGCAUUGGGUGAGCUUUGUGAAAUUAAGUUUGGGAAGACUCAUCCGGUCUGCUGUUUGAUAACCUCUUUGCCCUUAUGGUUGCCGAAACCACUGAGCCCUGCAAGUGGACGUGAACUUCAACGACUUUCUUUCCUUGGCUCAUAUUUUAGUCUCUCUGUCUUUGCUGAAGAUGAUAAUAAAGUAGUUGAAAAAUAUUUUUCUGGACCAACUAUAACUUUGGAAAAUACACGAGUAGUCAGCCAAUCUUUGCAACAUUACUUGGAGUCUGCAAGACAAGAAUUGUUCAAGAUUAUACAUAGUAUACUGCUAAAUGGAGAAACCAGAGAAGCUGCCCUUAACUAUAUGGCUGCUCUUGUUAAUGCCAACAUCAAAAAGGCACAGAUUCAGACAGAUGAUAGACUGGUUUCUACAGAUGGCUUCAUGCUUAAUUUCCUAUGGGUGCUGCAGCAGCUCAGCUCUAAGAUUAAGCUGGAGACCGUGGAUCCUAUGUAUAUUUUUCACUCUAAGUGCCGCAUUCUCUUACCCAGUGAUGAAACCCGCAUUAAAGCUUCAACCGAGGAGGUGACUAGCUGGAUGUCUGAUCUAAGUAAUGAUCCAUCUUUAUUUUCGGAACCCAAGUUUCCAACAGAGUGCUUUUUCCUGACUCUUCAUGCCCAUCACCUAGCCAUCCUACCCAGCUGCCGUCGGUACAUCCGUCGCUUACGGGCCAUCAGAGAACUUAACAGGACCGUGGAAGAGCUUAAGAAUAAUGAAAGUCAGUGGAAAGAUUCCCCAUUAGCAGCAAGACAUAGAGAAAUGUUAAAGCGCUGCAAAACUCAACUCAAGAAGCUGGUUCGCUGCAAAGCCUGUGCAGAUACUGGUUUGUUGGAUGAAAGUUUUCUCCGGAGAUGUUUAAAUUUUUAUGGAAUGGUGAUCCAGCUCCUACUACGUAUCAUGGAUCCUUCAUAUCCAAACAUAACACUGCCUCUAAAUAUGGAUAUACCCAAAAUGUUUGCAACGCUGCCUGAGUUUUAUGUAGAAGACGUUGCUGAAUUUUUGUUUUUCAUUGUGCAAUAUGCUCCUCAGGUUCUCUUUGAACCCUGCACGCAAGAUGUUGCAACAUUUUUGGUUGUGCUACUGUGCAAUCAGAACUAUAUACGAAAUCCUUACCUUGUGGCCAAGCUGGUAGAAGUCAUGUUUGUGACCAAUCCUGCCAUCCAGCACAGAACUCAAAAGUUCUUUGAAAUGAUAGAAAGUCAUCCUUUAUCAACUAAGCUAUUGGUCCCCUCACUUAUGAAAUUUUACACAGAUGUGGAGCACACAGGUUCCACGAGUGAGUUCUAUGAUAAGUUCACUAUUCGUUAUCACAUCAGCACUAUUUUUAAAAGCCUGUGGCAGAAUCUGGCUCAUCACAACACUUUUAUGGAGGAGUUUAACUCUGGCAAGCAGUUUGUACGUUACAUAAACAUGCUCAUAAAUGAUACCACGUUUCUCCUGGAUGAGAGUCUAGAAUCACUUAAACGCAUCCAUGAGAUGCAGGAGGAGAUGAGAAACAAGGAACAUUGGGAACAGUUGCCACGGGAUCAGCAGCAAGCACGGCAGUCGCAACUUGCUCAGGAUGAGCGUGUUUCUCGUUCAUAUCUUGCUCUAGCAACUGAGACUGUAGAUAUGUUUCACAUCCUUACUAAACAAGUACAGAAGCCUUUCUUGAGACCUGAGCUAGGGCCCAGGCUAGCAGCAAUGUUAAAUUUUAACCUCCAGCAAUUGUGUGGACCAAAAUGUCGAGACCUGAAAGUCGAAAACCCAGAGAAAUAUGGGUUUGAACCAAAGAAGCUUCUGGACCAGCUUACGGAUAUCUAUUUGCAUUUAGAUUGUGCCCGAUUUGCAAAAGCUAUUGCUGAUGACCAGAGAUCAUACAGCAAGGACCUUUUUGAAGAAGUUAUUUCAAAGAUGAAGAAAGCUGGAAUUAAGUCUACAAUUGCCAUAGAAAAAUUUAAGCUGCUUGCAGAGAAAGUGGAAGAGAUUGUUGCCAGAAAUGCUCGUGCAGAGAUAGAUUACAGUGAUGCUCCAGAUGAAUUCAGAGAUCCUCUCAUGGACACACUAAUGACAGAACCAGUGAGACUUCCAUCUGGGACCAUCAUGGAUAGAUCUAUCAUUUUAAGGCAUCUCUUGAAUUCUUCCACAGACCCAUUUAACAGACAGACACUUACAGAAAACAUGCUUGAACCAGUGCCAGAACUGAAGGAAAAAAUCCAAGCUUGGAUGCGUGACAAGCAAAACACAGAUAACUGAUUUCAUAUUUCUCUGAAAACUUUGUCAUGGCCUAAGGCUGCCCUCAAAGCAAGAGAUGGAAUUCUGUACAUAUAUUUAAAACAAUACCACAAAAUUGAAAAGGUCGCCUCAAUAAAUGGUUUUGGGGGUAUAGUUUCUUGAAAAGAGGGCCAGCAUUGCAGCACCUACAGCAGAUAGCUUCUGUAUUUUAGUGUGUGAAAUUGGUGAACAGAAAUGAUCAAGUUUGCUCUACAAACUUAUCAAAAGCCAACAAUCUCCAAGAUAUCCCCUGUUAAGUCUUUUGUUUUCCUGCUGCUAUUGUUUUCCUUUAUUGCCUUGGGAUAUCAGCAUCCCUCAUCUAAGAUAGGAUGCAGAAAAAUAUGUGAAAUGCAAUAAUGAAUGUUGAAUUAACGGUCACAAUAUCCUUCCAUGUAAUUCACCCAGCUGCAAGACAUCCAACCUAAUUCAGGGACUGAGGCUUCUGCUUUAUAAUGUGAUAGAUGAAUUUUAAAACAAUAUAGUCUAUGGUUUAACAAAAAAAGGCUUUUUUUUUUUUACCAAGGUUUUUCCCUCUGUAGAAAUAUAUUUACAUGCAAAUGUUCACCUAUUAUUCUUCCCUUAGAAGCUGGCAUUCAUUUCUAUCUUGAGAGCUCUCUUGAAGUUUGCAAAGGGAACAGAUCUGCCAGGUUACAAACACCUUCCCUGCUUUGCACCCCAAGCCCACAUGGAGGAGAUUUCAUUCCCCUGUGUCUGGAGCACCAAUUUGCAUCUAUUAUUCAGCCUUACCAAAGUGAAUGGUGCCAGGGGCUCUGGCAUGUGCAAAGUUUUCUCUGUCUUUGUGUGUGUGUUUUUUUUUUUUUUCUUCUUUUUUUAAAGGAAACAUUUUGUAUUAAAGCCCUUCAAGGCAUACUUGAAUUCCUGUACUAUCUUUAUUUGGAAAGGCAGGGAAAUUUUAAGGAUUUAGACUUUUAAAACAAAAAAAAUGAGAGAAACAUGUCUCCUCUUUUUGCCCCCUCUAAUCUCCAUUCCCUUGAGAAAUUAUCCUUUUCAAGUUCAGUUCCAGACUUAAAAUAUAAUAAAUGGUGAUGACAUUCAAA